ACAUACGCGCUUGCCCGGGCCUAGCGAUCGACACGCGGCUCUGUAAGAGGACGAUGACUCGCCGCACGCGCUCCUCUCGCGUUACGUAAGGACUCCACGCAACGAACAUAUCUGGACAAUUAUAUCAUAGAUCAUAGUCAGCAAGAAGCGCCCGCGAGCGCAAGGCCUGGACCGGAAGCGCGCAGGUGACGAGAGGCAGCGGUGCGCGAGUUAGCAGGCUUGCCGCAGUGAGCGCUAUGCGCCCGCCGCGCCGUGCGCUGUGAGGCAGCAUGCGAGGCAGCGCCGGAGCGCGGCAGGCCGGGCAGCGCGCGUAGCGGCAGCGCCACCGCACCCUCGAGCGUGGCAUGGCGCGCGAGUAAGCGGCGGCGGCCGCGAGCGCCACCAGCGGCCGGGGGCGCCGCGGGCCAGCCGGCCUCACUGCCGAGCAACGUUGCACCACCGAACCUGCUGCUGAGACCGAUGCCACAUUGACGUUGAGCAGCCACCAUUGCUCGUAUAGAGUUGGUCGAGAAAUGGGGGCUGACGCCUGUCCUCAGGCCGAGGCAGGAAUGCCCCCGGGCCCCGGAGCAAGGCGAAGACCAAAGGUAUGUACCCGCGUUAGGUGUAGCUGCUCGGUCGGAAGGGCUGCGGUCAGGAUGUGUCGGUUGCGUCACAGGAGUCGUGUUUCGCAGUUGCGGCACAUGCCGUGCGAGGCGCGAGCACGGCUGCACGCGCUCCAUUUAUUGGUCGGAGGCAUAUGUUUACCAGCUUUGUUAUGGAAUACUUCGACAUGUGUUGUGUUUCGGUAUUAUUCAGCGGCGCGCGGCGAGGGGCGCAUCAGCCCAGCGAGCCGCACUGCUCCCCGACAGCACCGGUAUUGAGGACGCUUUCAUCGCUAUUCUCAUUUACCUUGCUUUUGUCUGUUUCUCUCUAGUGAAUCUCGAGAGAACCAAGUUUUCAAGAUUUUGUUAGAAUCGUCUGUAGAUUUGGUAUUAAACUGCUAAGCUGCAGUAUAAUUCUAAUACCAGAUGAUAUCUGAUAUUACUGAAUGAAUGAGCUAGUUAGGUGUAUCAUCACAUACAUAAUUUUUUUUAUCUGCAAUUUUCUGACUGAUCUGCAAUGAAUGUUUCCAAGAUAUGAUUUGAAGAGUUAUAAAUUACUAUAUAAAUAUUUCUUCCACGCCAUCUCAAUCCGUUCACAGAAGAUUAUGUAGGUGUGGUUUGUUAAAGUUAACGUUUAUACAGUAGGUUCGCGGCUUACAAUUGUUUACCGUUUGUUUUGCGAAACUAGCCCUAUUUUUUAUGUAAAUAUGAUUUUUUCUCAUUAGAAUUAAUAUUCUCUGUAUAUAAUAUUUAGUUGCACCAAUUCUUUACUGAUUAUU